CUAAUAAAAACAUGGUCUCAAGAGUUUUGAGAUAGCAUCUAUCACACUCAAGAGUUUACCGACUUCUGUGUUUACAAAAAUACCCCUCUGUUACUACUAUUGCCUCUAUAUAUAUUUCAGUUACAUUACAUUUGAUGCAUUAUUUCCAAAAGACUUAACUAAAAGAAGAAUUAAAAUGGGUUCACUAGGAGAAGAGCCACCACAAGUAGCAGAAGACUGCAUGGGUUUGCUUCAACUCCUAAGCAACGGCACCGUUUUGAGAUCCAAAAGCAUUGACCUAAUCACUCAACAAAUCCCACUCGCUAACCAUGAAACCGUUCUCUUCAAAGACUCAGUCUUCCACAAACCAAACAACCUUCACCUCCGUCUCUACAAACCUUCUCUCGUCUCUAACCGUGCCAUACCCGUCGUGGUCUUCUUCCACGGCGGUGGCUUUUGCUUUGGUUCACGUUCUUGGCCUCACUUUCACAACUUAUGUCUCACUCUUGCAUCCUCCCUCCACGCUCUUGUGGUGGCCCCUGACUACCGUUUAGCACCUGAACACCGUCUCCCGGCUGCCUUUGAAGAUGCUGAGGCCGCGGUUAUGUGGCUCCGGGACCAGGCUGUUUCCGGUGACUGGAACCACUGGUUCGAAGGUGGACCAAGCGUUGACUUAGACAGAGUUUAUGUUCUUGGCGAUUCCUCGGGUGGGAACAUAGCUCAUCACCUUGCUUUUCGGUUCGGUUCAGGUUCGGUCCAGUUGAGUCCGGUUCGGGUUUGCGGUUACGUUCUUUUGGGACCGUUUUUUGGCGGGGAGGAGAGAACCAAGUCAGAGGAUGGACCGUCUGAGCAAAAGCUAACCUUGGAUUUGCUUGACAAGUUUUGGAGACUUUCACUACCAGAAGGUGCAACAAGGGAUCAUCCCAUGGCUAACCCUUUUGGGGCGACGAGUCCUGCACUCGAGUCAAUUAGCAUAGAGCCAAUGCUGGUUAUCGCUGGUGGCUCAGAACUUCUGAGAGAUAGGGCCAAAGAGUAUGCAUAUAAACUUAAGAAGAUGAAAGGGAAAAAGGUUGAUUACAUUGAAUUUGAAAAUGAGGAACAUGGUUUCUAUUGCAAGAGUCCAUCUUCCGAUGCUUCGGAACAGCUAUUUCGUAUCAUUGGAGACUUUAUGGACAGCUUCUCCAAUAUAUUUUAGCAUUUCUUGUUGUGGCUAAGUCACUAAAGAGUUUAUAUCAAUUAGGCUUCCACCUCAAUAAGUUUGCUUGGUGAAUCAUAUAUGAUAUAAAUACAUAGAACGCAUAACAAUGUUUCUAUAUAUGUUUUUGGUUUCGUUGUGUCCUUAUUCAUCGUAACUAGCUCCUCUAUAUAUAUAUUUUUUUAUCGUUAUGUUGUUUUCUACUUCUUUUAGCUCUUUUCCGAAAAAGGUAUACCCAAGUUUUUUUUUGGUAUACCCAAGUUUUUUUUUGGUAUACCCAAGUUUAUCUCAGUAUCCUUCUUCAUGUAUCCAUCUCGAAUGGUAUGUUCUAAAUAUGUUUUUUUUUAAUUCCUAUGUUGUUAAUUUUUUAACUCUUUCCCAAAAGAAGUACAUGUCAAGUUUACGUUAGUAUUUUGACAUAGUAAAAUCGGGCACAUUUAAAAUUAUUACUCAAAAACAUAUCAAGUAUUCCCCCAAUAUUUGAAUAUUGAGUGUUAUAGCAAUUGCAUAAAUAUCAAGAAU